AUGGGUUUUGGGGAAAAAUGGAUGAAGUGGAUGGAGUCUUUGGUAUUUACUAGUAGUUUGUCGGUGCUUUUCAACGGAAGUCUCACGAAGGAGUUUACUGUUUCUAGAGGUUUGAGGCAAGGUGAUCCACUCUCUCUUUUCUUUAUUGUGUUAGUAGCGGAAGAUCUUUCGGGUCUAGUUAGACAACCUAUCCAAGUGGGGGAAUUCCAAAGGUUUGCUAUUAAGGGCUCGUGUUGUGUGGAUAUUCUUCAAUUUGUAGAGGAUACCUUAAUUGUGGGAGAUGGUAGUUGGAAACAUGUUUGGGCGAUAAAAGCGGUACUUCGGGAUUUUGAAAUUGUCUCGAGGCUUGGUAUCAAUUAUCAUAAAAGCAAGUUGAUUGGUAUUAAUACUAUUGUAGGUUUCUUGGAGGCAGUUUCCCUCUUACUUUCUUGCAAGCUGGAGGAUUGUAACUUUUAUUUUCUUGGUAUUCCUAUUGGUUUCAAUCCAAGGAAGGAAGCCACUUGGAAUCCUCUUUUGUUGAAAAAUGAAGAAUCGGUUGGAAGGAUGGACAAACCGCUCUUUGAAUUUGGUAGGUAG